AUGGUUGAAGCAGAAUCCUCGUCGGACGAUGACUUUGGACCGGCCCUCCCUUCGGCAGCGCCCAAGAAGAAGCGACGGAAGCUCGCCUUUGAGAAAGUCUACGUGAACGCGCUGCCGGCCUCGCCUCGCUACUCCCGCUCGCUGAUGCACCGGGAGCAGCUGUCCUAUGUGACCAUGACGCCGCAGACGGACUUUCUGAUCACCAGCUCUGUCGAUGGCGUCGUCAAGUUCUGGAAGAAGAUGGCUGUGGGCGUCGAGUUUGUCAAGGAAUUCCGCGCUCAUGUCGGGGAGAUCACCGGCACCAGCAUCAGCGCGGACGGGAGGAGUUUUGCCACGGCGGGCGUGGACAAGACGAUCAAGAUAUUCGAUGUGAUCACAUUUGAUCUUCUGGCCAUGCUUACGUUGGACUUCACUCCACGCUGCGUCUGCUGGGUGCACCGGCGGGGAGCGUCAAUACCAUUGCUAGCUGUGACAGAUGAAGCGAGUAACAAGAUCUUUAUCUACGACGGCAGAGGAGAAAACCCCAAUCCGUCGCAUACUCUGACGUCCAUCCAUCGCAAGCCGGUCGUGGCUCUGGCUUUCAACAAUGCCUACGACUGCGUGGUCUCGGCCGAUGAGGCCGGCAUGAUCGAGUACUGGCGGCCUUCAGACGGCUUCGAGAAGCCGGACAACGUGUUCCAGCUCAAGUCGUCGACGAACCUGUUCGAAUUCAAAAAGGCCAAGUCGGUCCCCUACUCGAUCACGAUAUCCCCGUCGGGCCACCAGUUCGCGACCUUCUCAUUUCCCGACCGCCAGGUGCGCGUCUUCGACUUCCCGACCGGCAAGCUGUAUCGCACAUACGAUGAGUCGCUGGCGACCAUCAUUGCCAUGCAGCAGGCGGGCACAGCGCUGGAGCGGUUGGACGAGCUCGAGUUCGGACGGCGACUUGGCGUGGAGCGCGAACUGGAGAACCCAGUGACGCGGCCGAAAGUCAAUGUGAUCUUCGACGAGUCGGGCCACUUCAUUCUGUAUGGCUCCCUGCUGGGCAUCAAGUGCAUCAACACGUUCACGAACCGCGUCGUGCGGGUGUAUGGCAAGGACGAGCCGUUCCGCGCCUUGAACCUGGCCCUGUACCAAGGCCAACCGCAGAAGAAGGGCGUGGUGACGGUCUCGAUGGCCGCUAGCCAGAACCCGCUGCUACAGGAGGCCGAAGAGCGCGACCCGACGCUGAUCAGCACAGGCUUUGGCAAAGCGCGCUUCUACAUGUUCACCAACGAGACGGAGAUAUCCAAGAGCUCGCGGGACGUGCAGAACGAGAAGCCACGGCAGACGGCCGAAGGGGCGGAGCAGGGCAAGACCAAGCCGACCGAGUCGGGCACGUCGGCGAUCCUGCACACGACCAUGGGCGACAUCCACCUGCGGCUGUUCCCCGAUGCAGCGCCGAAAGCGGUGGAGAACUUUGUGACGCACGCGCGCAACGGAUACUACAACAACACCAUCUUCCACCGGGUGAUCCGCAAGUUCAUGAUCCAGGGCGGCGACCCCAACGGCGACGGGACGGGCGGCGAGUCGAUCUGGGGCGGAGAGUUCGAGGACGAGUUCUCGUCGCUCAAGCACGACAGGCCGUACACGCUGUCGAUGGCGAACGCGGGGCCCAACACGAACGGGAGCCAGUUCUUCAUCACGACGGAGAAGACGCCGUGGCUGGACGGCAAGCACACGAUCUUCGGCCGGGCCGUGGCCGGGCUGGACGUGGUGCACAAGAUCGAGAACGUCAAGACGUACAAGGAAAAGCCGGAGGAGGACAUAAAGAUUGUCAGCAUUACUGUGUCGUAG